AUGGGGAAGAAGAAGUUCAUUGAUAAGAAAAAGGCGGCGACUUUCGAGCUGUGUCCUCGUGAUACAUCGGACCCGAGAUACAGUGACGCACCGGGAGGUGAUAAGAUGUUCUUAAGAGUUGAUCAGAACCCUGUAAACAUCAAUGGUUUCAUCGAAGAUGAGGAAGAAGAAGAAGACGACUCGAAGUUUGAAGAUGCCCCUGAAGAUUUACCUUACGGUUACUCCGGUUUUGCUGGGGGUUCGAGUAAUCCCUUACCUGCUGAUGUGAGGAAGGAGAUUCUUCAGUUAGGUUACCCUGACGAUGGCUAUAACUACUUGGAUCAUUUGAGAGAGAUUAAGAACACUGGUGGUGGUUCUAAUUUCUAUGCAAACCCCAAGUCUGAGAUCAAUCCGCGGCCUCUUGAUGUCAGGGCCUUUGAUGCUUCUCGUGUUCAGGUCUCUGGUGUGUUGAACGAAGAAGCUAACGAGAACAAGUCGUUGUUUAGCGUGGCGUCAAGGACUGUUAACGUCAAGGUGCAGAAAGUCAUCGAUCUUGAUCCUGAAGUUGCUGCGCUGCUUGAGAAGAGUGAUGACUCUGAGUUUGGCUCCGAUGUUGAGGAUCUGGAAGAAGAUUUCAUCGUUCAAGCUAGUCUCACUCAAGAGGGAGAAACUUCUAAUAACGAGCUCGAGCUUCCCGCUAAACCUGUGGCUGCAAACCCGAGAGUUACUCGUGAGAUCGAUGAGCUGUUUGAUGAGCUCGUGCUCAAUGAGUAUGGGAGUGAGAGUGACAAUGAUGGUUACAUGAGUGAAGAUGGAGAAGAAGGACAGAGCGUUCAGAAUCUAAUCUAUGAGAAGCCGAAAGAUUACGAGCUUGAAGAGAAGUAUAUGAACCCUGCGGAUAUAUUGAAGAACAGUGACUCUGUGAAAGAUAAAGAGGAGCUUGCAACUGCUGCGCAUCUUAUUCGUCGCACUGUGGAGUAUGGUGAGAAUUUGGAUAAUGGGGAUGAAGGUGAGUUCGUGGAGAUUGAGGAAGAGAGCAGCGACGAGAGCGAGAUGUUUGAUUGUGAGUCCAUUGUCUCGACGUUCUCGAAUCUUGAUAACCACCCUGGUAAAAUCUAUGCUCCAGAGGCUAGGAGGAAGAAGCUGAGUGAGACGGUGGCUAAAGCGUUGAGCUCGAAUGGUAAGAUCAUUACCCUCCAAGGGAAAGAGAAGCUUCCGGUUGAGUUUUUGCCCGGGAGGAAAAGUGAGCUGACAGGUGUUAAACCGGUUAUUCCGAAAGCUGAACCGGUUAAGAGGAAGACUCAUGGACAAGAGUCGAAAGAAGAGAAGAAAGAGCGGAAGACUGCUGUGAAGAGUGAGAGGAGGGAAGCGAGGAAGAUGAAGAAAGAGACGAAGGAGCUUUAUCGCGGUGAGACGCAGCGUGCUCAGAGAACCGUUGCUGUUUCUGGUCCUUCUUCGAUUCAUCUUUGA